AUGGACAUCGUUUCGUCCCCUACGUCCACGUCGGCGGAGGAAGCUGUUGGCUUUCCGACGCCUCGCGGUCUCGCGCAACCCCACCAAUCUCAACCUCAAUCAGACUCACAUGAAAUUGCCUUCGAGAGCCGUAACGACCGGGAGCCCAUCGCCGAGACACCACGGCCCCGACAGCAUUUGACCAGUCCCGACUAUCCGAGUCCUCUCCGACAUCACCGUCGAACACCCUCUGCGCCCAAGCAGGUCAAGGAAUCACUCAAUGCUCGAUCAGAGUACGUCACAAGCCAGGAUGACGGAGUUGCAGAGCAUCGUAUCAACCAGUAUAUCAUCAAACAAGAAAUUGGGCGGGGCUCAUUCGGAGCCGUCCAUCUAGCAGUCGACCAGUAUGGUACAGAAUAUGCCGUCAAAGAAUUUUCCAAAGCUCGACUCCGCAAGCGCGCCCAAUCCCACAUCCUACGCAAACCUCUGAGCCAAAGACGCCGCGGUGCCUUGCAAGGUUUCAACUCUCCUCUACACAGAGAUCUGGGCGACGAUGGCAAACACCAGACGAACGCCAUCGAGCUGAUCAAAGAGGAGAUUGCUAUCAUGAAAAAACUGAACCACCCCAAUCUUGUCUCGCUGAUUGAGGUGUUGGAUGACCCCACGGAGGACUCUUUGUACAUGGUCAUGGAAAUGUGCAAGAAAGGAGUGGUGAUGAAAGUGGGACUGGACGAGAGAGCUGAUCCAUACCCUGACCAUGUCUGCAGGAAUUGGUUCCGAGACUUGAUCUUGGGGAUUGAAUAUCUGCAUGCGCAAGGCGUCGUACACCGCGACAUAAAACCAGACAACUGCUUGAUCACUGAGGACGACGUGCUCAAGGUCGUGGACUUUGGAGUAUCGGAAAUGUUUGCUAAAGAUUCAGAGAUGCUGACUGCGAAGUCUGCAGGAAGCCCUGCCUUCCUCCCGCCAGAACUCUGUAUUGCCCAACAUGGUAACGUGUCCGGACGAGCUGCUGAUAUCUGGUCUAUGGGUGUCACAUUGUUCUGCCUCAAAUACGGGCGUAUACCCUUCGAGAAGACGGGUAUCUUUGAACUUUAUGACGCGAUCAAAGCUGAAGAGCCAGAAAUGCCUGCUGAUGAAGACGGAGAUUUUCGAGAUAUGAUGACCAAGUUGUUGGAGAAGGAUCCUCAAAAGCGCAUCAAAAUGCAAGAGCUCAGACGACACCCCUGGGUAACUCGCCGCGGAACCGAUCAGCUGCUAUCGGAGGAGGAGAACACCUCAGAUUUGGUUGAACCACCGACAGAAGCGGAGAUGAAUUCUGCAAUUACAAUCAACAUGAGGGAUUUGAUGACAGUGGUGAAAGCGGUGAAUAAGUUCAAGUCACUCCUCGACAAGAACAAGACUCGACCGAUGACAUCAAUACUCGGAGAUCAAAGCGACACACGUUUUUCACAGCCCCCUACAACCAUGAAGAAGGAUCAGAAAGCACGAACAGGUGGCAACACUCAGCAAACCGCUGCUGAGAGUGAAGAGUUGCAGGCGGGCAUGAGGAACUUGAACCUGCGCCCGGUGCCUACUUUGAGUAUAGAUGAUACCACUCUGACCGACUGUGAAAUGCACAAGUCCGCAUAUCCUAGGACACCACCUGCAUUGCCAAGUGAUGCCAGUACAGAGUCAGACGACAUCUCUCAAGCUCCAACCAUGGCGGAAAUUGAGAGCCUAGAUCCUGAGAAACUGCCUCCGUUCCGAUCGUUGAGACCACAUGCAAGCAUGACAGAAGAGGUAGGUCGACGAGGUCAGGCGCAUGAUCCACUCGAGGACCAAUUGUAUCUGUACAUUGGCCCCUCGACAUUUUCGGGAUUCAGCUCUCAGCACGAUGACGACGGAUCCUAUGUCCGAGACGGUGAUGAUGUUCCGAUCGUUAGUGAGAGCCCAGGCGCGGCGGAUGUGGACAUUUACGAAACAGCCUAUCGCGAUGAGAUCGAACGAAUCAUGGCGAAGGCCAAGGAAGAGAACAAGGAACCGCAUGUCUACUUGACGCGCCGCGUAGAUGCGAAAUUAUUGGCGAUUAGUGGCCUAGCUGGUAAAUGGGCCGCUGUGGGAGAAGAAGCCAAAAACCAACUCAAGGAUUACACCCAGUUCUCAACUCGAAAGGCUCGCGUCACCGAGGUCAGCCGGGCACUGCGCCAGGCUGCACGUGAAGAGUACGAACGUAGAAAGCAGGAGCGAAGGGAUCUAAUUGCGGCAGAGAAGGCGAGAAGGCAGGAAGAAGCACAAGCGAAGUCGAAUACCUCCACGCCUGGCUCACCUCCCACAGCCGGAGGAAAUGUAGAACCGUCCGGUCCAAGCAGCCCCUGGUCUCCUGGAAGGCAGCCUUCACAAUGGCGAGGCAUGGCAGUAGACGCUGGCCGGCAGGCCAAAACGUCGAUACGCGGUUUCGUGGAUAUGGUAAAGAGCAAACGAAGUCGGUCCGGUCACGAGGAGAGCUAA